CAUUCUCGUGAGAUUCUUGUAGAACCCGACGCGGAAAAGCACCAUUUGUUCUGACCAUCCAACGUUCCCGGGGACUUGUUGGACCAACUCCCCUUUCCUUUGCUUGUUGGACACUUGACUCAGUAGCGCAAGCACCCUACGUCACGCUCAACGGCGGCUAGAGAUCCGUGCUAGGAGGGAGUAGUGAGUGAUAUAGAUCUACCCUCUGCUGCGGGCGGCCGCAUGCUGUUCGACAGAGACAGCAACUCCGUUCACCGUGCAUCAAAUCGGCAACCCCUACAGUCCCCCCAUUAUCGACCCGCCUUCUCCUACACCCGCCCUCUCCAUCUCUCUCUCUCUCUCUCGCUCUCCCUCUCUCUUUCUCUCUAUCCUGGACGACGACGGCGAUCCAGGACCCACUACGAUCCCCGUAUUAGACCGCCGCGAGCUGGAUUGGCAGCAGAGAAAGCAGGAACCAAAAGAGUCCGAAUCGAAUUGAUCAGCGCGGAGAAGGCUCGCUCGAGAACAACAAUCGCACCCUCCUCCGAACACCACUACCACCAUCACCACCACCACCACUUCCACCUACACCACCUACACCACCGCCCACGUGAGGCAAUAGCGACGGGCCGGCCGAAAGCAUGUCUCGCCAACCGCAGCAACAGCAGGGCGGCUCGCGGAAGAUCUCCUUCAAUGUGUCGGAGCAGUACGAUAUUCAGGAUGUGGUGGGCGAAGGCGCAUACGGAGUCGUCUGCUCGGCGCUGCACAAGCCGUCAGGACAGAAGGUGGCUAUCAAAAAGAUCACGCCGUUCGACCACUCCAUGUUCUGCUUGCGAACCCUGCGCGAGAUGAAGCUGCUCCGCUACUUCAACCACGAAAAUGUCAUCUCUAUCUUGGACAUCCAGAAGCCACGCAGCUACGAGAGCUUCUCCGAGGUCUACCUCAUCCAGGAGCUCAUGGAGACCGACAUGCACAGAGUCAUUCGCACCCAAGAGCUGUCCGAUGACCAUUGCCAAUACUUCAUCUACCAGACACUACGGGCACUCAAGGCCAUGCACUCAGCCAACGUCCUGCACCGAGAUCUGAAGCCUUCGAACCUUCUGCUCAACGCUAAUUGCGAUUUGAAAGUCUGCGACUUUGGCCUUGCGCGAUCCGCCGCGAGCACAGAAGACAACCAAGGGUUCAUGACGGAGUAUGUGGCGACGCGCUGGUACCGCGCGCCGGAGAUCAUGCUCACGUUCAAGGAGUACACAAAGGCCAUUGAUGUGUGGUCGGUCGGCUGUAUCUUGGCCGAGAUGCUGAGCGGGAAGCCACUGUUUCCCGGUAAGGACUACCACCACCAGCUUACGCUCAUCCUGGACGUGCUGGGUACGCCUACGAUGGAAGACUACUAUGGAAUCAAGUCGAGGAGAGCACGAGAAUACAUUCGCAGUCUGCCGUUCAAGAAGAAGAUUCCGUGGACUGCCAUGUUCCCCAAGACCUCAGACUUGGCACUGGACCUCCUUGAGAAGCUUCUCGCUUUCAACCCGGCGAAGCGCAUUACAGUCGAGGAGGCAUUGAAGCACCCAUACCUGGAGCCCUACCACGACCCCGAAGACGAGCCCACGGCAGACCCUAUUCCGGAGGAGUUUUUCGAUUUCGACAAAAACAAGGACAACUUGUCCAAAGAGCAGCUGAAGCGUCUGAUCUACGAGGAAAUCAUGCGGUAAACUCACGAGACCAUCCCCUCCAACCAUCUAUCUACGAAUUUUCUUUUAUUUUUCUCUCUAUUCAUCUAUCAAAAGCUGCCAUCUACUACAAAUCUACAAAAAGACCACUUCAUUGCCGCCCCGAUGCAGUACGACCGGCGCAACAGCACUCUCAUCGACCCAGCAUCAUCACCACGCAAGCAUUUCAGUCCUCCCAUUUCUCUUGGUGACGGCGACAUUCCCAUUUGUUAUGACAAUGACGAUGAUCAAGACGACUCCCACGACGAUUCUGGUGCCCAUGGUACACUCUGGAAGGGCCGGCAAUGCUUUUCACGAUGACAUGUGGAGGAUGCGGCAGUGAGUGAAGAUGGAGAUUGUGCAGCCUGUACGCCUUGGUAUAAGACUUUACUUCGCUGGCUCUCCUGAUGAAUCUGCCGUGUCCUCUGUUUUUGGGUGGUGUUUUAGGGUCACUGGGGGACGCGAGUUGUGGUGGAUGGAGGGGGCUUUUGCUUGGGAGUAUCUGUCGAUGACUGUUCCCGGUAAAUGUCACGAGCGAUGGCAAGUUAGAUGCAUUGCAUGGCGCUUUUUUUUCUUUUCUUUUCAAGAGGGAAAGGACGUGUGGAUAAGCUACGAAAGAGCAACUGAAGAGGAAGUAAGCAAGCAAUGAUGAAUGAAAUACGGUUGCUGCGUACGCUAAUACAGAUUUUGAUAACCGGGCAUAUCUCAAUCGCUCCGAGGGGGACUUGCUCCUCUGGGGGAAAUAAUUGUGAGCUUGUUGUGUGAAAGUUUGGUUCGUG